GUUACACUGUGAAGAAAUGACUACUGAUGUUUAUGUUGGACGGAGAUACUUGGCAGAGUGCAGAUGCUCUAUGUGGCGCCGGAUCUUCUCACAGCAACUUUCGUGCAGCUAUCAUUCACUCUCCCCUAGGGUCCCACCAGGAAGUACCAGGCACAAUGUGAUGGACAAAGCAGGUCGCGAAUGACAUGAACUGUCAUUCAACUGUCAAUGCGCAGCAGUGCAAGCAAGUCCAGCGUACCCACAGUUUCGUUCGGGUCUAACACAUACAUCUGAACGGGAGCGUUCAGAUUAUGUGUUAAUUUCCUGGCACCCAUGAUACGAAAUAAACAUGUACUAUCAGCGUGAAAUGAAACGUGAACAACGCGCGUGGCCCAAGCAUGAGUGAAGCUAUAGUGCGUGCCGUCCAGGCAUCACCAUCGACAGGCGAGCACACCCACUUUGGGCGCACCAUGCGAUCACCCUAUAUUGAGAUAGUUACGCUUCUAUUUUGGUCCUUGCAUUUGAAAGGAAGAAAAUAGAGAUAAAAGAUAACAUAAUAAACUAAUAUAUUGCACUUUGCGGCGAGUACUGUCGCGCAAUUCACCGGCACCAUAAGUGCUAUCGGCGCGAAAAGCGGGGCGCGUUGUGCAGUUUGCACCGUCAUCAUUGGAGAUAGAUUCGCUCAUCUGGUUUGAAGCUUGUGCGCCACAUUCAUUCCUUCAAUCGGUCAACUAGCGCAGCGCGGUAAUGCCAUAGUAACGCUGUUUGCCGCGGCAAUGGCUUGCAUGGGCGCGUCGAGCGCAUUUGGUACUUUGACCAUAGAGUAACAUGGUACACGUUAAGAGUGGACACUCCCAUAGACGCCUGAGGCCGGCUUUGGCUCUCAGCGCACCUAGCGGAAUCGGCGUGACGCACUAGCCUUCAAGAUGGUCGCGCACGCUGCCGGAUCUCGGAGGCCCUAAUUUAAGGUUCGUUUCUUGUAUUUUUUUGUGUGACCCAUACCGUCGUUUAAAUCGAGUGAUUUCAUGCAGGCGCUUGUGCCGCUGUUUAUAUGUUGUGACGACGAGCUCGCAAAGUUGUUUCACUGAUGUUAGUUUCAUUUAAUUUCAUAUUUGCUGUUUCAAGGUGUAACUUAGCGCAACAAUCAUGUCAACUGUUGAGGGUGUAGAACUUUAUCGCUUAUGGUAUUGUACGUCUAGCACCUUAUGACGAAAGGUGUAUCGCAAAUAAAUGUGUUGUGUUCCUUAGAUAUAAAUCAAGUUACUGCGCAGUGAAGAAUACGAAAAUAGCAGACAACAAUUUAUUGCAGCAAGAUCGUAGGAGGCAGAUAGAUACAUGAAAAGGGGAAGAAACAGCGAAAUGCAAGUAAUACGGGUGUCGCACAGCGCACUUUUAAACGCGAUCAAGCCCAAUCCGAUUUGAAUUUCUCGGUCGCGAUUGGUUCUUUUGCGCAAGCAACGCGAUGGAGCCAAUCGAAGCCGAGAAUUUCAAUCCGGAUCGCACUCGAUCGCCAUCGAAAGUGGUCGUGCGACACCGGUAUAAUGGAGAAUAGUCGGAAAUUAAUGAUGUGAUGGCAAUAACUUUGCACAAGCAAAGCACAUAGAAAACGUGUUGCAACUAUGCAGAUAAUGAAGAAAAAAACUGCACGUACACGACAGCAAUUAAUUAGCUCAUAUUGGGAUUGUUUUUUUUAGAAGAAAAAAAAUAUGACGUGUUUUCUUGUACUGUUGCGAAGGAGGGUGAAUUAGGGUAGCAAAAUUAUAUGAAUGGUUGCGUGUCUAAAUAAAAUGGCUGCAAAAAUAAUUGAGCACGCACCAACACCCUCAUCUCGGAUGUGCAAGCCAGUGUGUCCUUCAUUGAACAGCUGCAAUUAAGCCCUUUGUUUUGGGGGUCUUCACCUGCUGUCUUCAAAGCCUUGUAAUCGUCUUCUGAUACUUGGAAUUUUGUCCUUGAUUAUGCAUGAUGCACUUUGGCUGUACAGUGUAUUUUGAAGAAAUGGUGGAGAUUCCUGCAAUACGUAGAAUGACAGGCAGAAGGUAAGCAAUACUGGAGGUAUCAAAGCUAUUGAAUCUAGAUGCUACGUUCCUUCCUAUACGCAAUACUGGAGCCUGCAAAGCUUUAUAAUGGAGAUGCUGCGCUCCUUCAUGUAAUGCCUAUUUUUUGGUUAAGGAAGCACUGUUAUAAAUGCUAAGAAACAAGGAACGUUCUACGGUAAGCGACUCCAUACACAAUUAAAACAUGCGAACACAUAUCUUCAGCUCAGUGCAGAACAGCUAACAACGUUCGAGAGCAUAUAACCUGCUACAGAGUUUGAGAGACAGCGCGUUAUUGCCAUACUGCAAAUAUUGCACGUGUCCCGCUUUAGAAAUAGCUACAUUUCUUUUGCAAAAGUAGAACACCAUAUUUUUUCAGCAGUCGCUGCGCAUAACAUAAAGAUGUCUGCCCCCAACGGCAUGUGUUCAUAGGCCGCAUUUUUUAACGAACCAUUUUAUUUUAUUUUCUAACUUCGUCAUUGUAUCGCUGUUAUCGCUAGCAUCACCACUCUUUGCUGCGCAUAAAGAAAAAGAAUACUAAAUGAAAGUCAGCGUAGCAAAUGGGCAGCAGCUGUUCAUGGCUGCAAGGCCGCCGUCACUCGUUCAUGCAACUAACAGUGACACAAACGAAAUGCGAAGAGAAUAAGUCGGUAACAACGCGUAAACGAACUUGCUGUGACCUUACCAUGAAACGACGGCGAAGGAGACGGUGGCAGAAGAACCCAACAACCAUACCCAGGUGCAAUUUACAGAAAGAGCCUAACCUAAGUCUACAAUGCGCGGCCAGAUUAGAACCUGUUAUUCAAACACCAAUAUUGACAGAGGCUGAUUAGGUAUUCGCAGCAGUAACAGGCGCUGAACUGGUACAGGACCCGUGCUCUGCAGUAGCCACUGUAUAAGCUGAUACAAGGCUUUAUGAUGUCCGUGUGCACACGCGCAGUUAAAAGGAAAAACGGACACCAAAGUGCGGGAGUGAUGCAAAGACUACUUCACCUUAAAAGUCGUUCAACUUUCCCAAGUGAAAGCUAAAAAGUGACAUGUGAAUGAAUCAACUUUAUUUCAGAGACCAGGCUGUUGAUGCCCGGAGGUGACAGGAAAUGAGAUGAGAAAGAGGUCAUUUUGAGCUAGAAACCCAUUAUACGUUCUGGUUGCGUUCAAGCGAAAACCAUCGUAUUGUUGAGACAGCGGAUGUGGUAACUAGAGUUUGAGCUGACUGCUGCCGGCUGCUUGCUGUGCUGUUAUCUCGGUGCACCUGUCCUCAAGGCACCUGUGCGGCACAGCCUACUGUCAAGUCCCGCUGCCAUAGCGGCGGUUACAACUCUGACUGUGACGUGAGCAUCCGGAAGAGGGCGCCUGCUAGCUUAGCUUGACGUCACCAACGAGUACUUGAAAGGACGCUAUCCUGAGACACGCAUCAUUUUUGAGGCAGGAAUUGUACCAACUAGAUAGAGCCUGUGCUGAUUGCUUUAUGGUUGCUUUCCAGGUUGGUGUCUUUGUGCUCUACACGCGAUUUUGUCUGCCUUCUUGCUGCGACUGCUGCCUCCGAGGCCUUCAGAUGCCUCACUGACGCCGUUACGAACGUCCUUUAGUGAGUGCAAGGCAGAAAGCGGCUUCAUUUUUGGAAAUUGAUCUGUGUACAGCUAAGAAAUGGUACCACCGGAACGUAUGAAAAGGGGGGAGGCCGAGAAAGGCAGAAGCAUCGCAGGUUAUGUAUGGCUUUUGGCUCGAAGCCACUACUGCCAGCUUGUCGUGGCUUCCUUGAUGGUGUUUACCCUCAUGCACUGGUGCUUCGACAUGACACAACUCACGAAGACAGUGAAGAUGGCUUCGCUUCACUUUCCUUGGCAUUCGGAGGUCAUCAACUCAAGUGAAAAAGAAAAGGAAAUAUCUGUUAACGUUAUUGGUGUUCCUAAGGAUGUUCUAACCGACAGCAGGCGGGCAAACGUGUCUUCAACGAAUCUUUGUCCUCUAGUACCGCCUAACUUAGUCGGCUACAUUCCAAUCAGGAUGGAUGUGCCAUCUCUCGAGGCUGUGGAGAACGAGUUCCCGGAAGUGAUGCAAGGAGGCCGCUUCCGGCCGAAGGAAUGCACUUCCAGACACAGAGUUGCCAUACUCGUUCCCUACAGGAAUCGCGCAGAGCACCUCAAGAUAUUUAUCUACAACAUCCAUAAAGUACUCUCUCGGCAGCAGAUAGACUACGGUAUCUUCGUCAUUGAGCAGGGUGACGACGCGGAUUUUAACCGGGCCAAGCUCCUCAACGUGGGCUACGUCGAGUCGACGGCCCUGUACGACUACCAGUGCUUCGUAUUCCACGACGUCGACAUGGUCCCUCUGGACGACAGAAACGUUUACACGUGCCCAGAACAGCCGAGGCAUAUGUCGGUCGACGUGAAUAACAAAUCCGGAGUUUAUUACCCUUAUUUCUUUGGCGGAGUGAGUGCGGUCAACAAGGAGCAGAUGCUGCGUGUCAAUGGAUACUCCAAUAAAUACUGGGGAUGGGGAGCUGAAGACGACGACAUGUCUUACAGGCUGAAACGUUAUGGUUACAAGAUUUAUAGGCGUCCAAAAGAUGUGGCGAGGUACGCCACCCUCGCCCACGUGAAAAGCAAGCCGAGCGACGAAAGGAUGGGGCUCCUCAACAACUGGUCAAGCCGCGUCACCACGGACGGUCUAAACAGUCUCAAGUACAGACGCUUGGACAUGGCCUUUAAGAAGCUCUACACUUGGAUAUUGGUUGACCUCCGAGAGCCUGAACGACCUUCAAGAAGAGCAGAUUGAAAGGGACGUUCUAUGGCUCACGCUUCCACGGUAGUCCAGCAUGUACAAAUAACGGCACGUGUCAGUUUUCCGUGCCAAAGUCGCAUAUCUUAUAUAGCAAGUGUGAUAGAGAGCUGCAAGAUGAAGUGUGACAGGAAGAAGGCAAGUGCCAGUCUUCGUCUUGUCAGUCUUCGUUUUGCGGCGCUGCAUUUCAUUUCUGAAGCCAUGCAACACCAACUAUCUAAAAACCGCCCGCUGCUGCGUAUUUGAAAGGCUGUCCCCGUCUAACAUGUUCCACAAUACUAGGGCUUAUUUAGAACAGAGUGCCACUACUCCUAAAUUUACAUACUUAUCAUUUUCGUCGGGCGAUAUGUCUUUAUUUAGGGUGCAUUCGCAGCGACCUCUGCAAACUGAUGUACUCGCAGUGACCGCGGCACGAAACCAGUGAGAUGAAAUAUUUUUAAAACUGAUUUGUGUGUGUGUGUGUGUGUGUGCAUGCGUGCGUGUGUGUGUGUGCGUGAGAGAGAGAGACAGAGAGAGAGAUAUACUCUCAUCGUAAUAAGCUACAUCUAGUGUCAUCAACAUGAACGGAUGCCUCAGUUUCUGCGAAGAUUUGUAAGCUGAUAUUUUGAGUGAGCUCUUCCCACUGUGAUAUUCGAUCAUUUCUUUAUUUGCCUGAGAUAGUAACGAAACACUUGGUGAUAUAUUUUACGCACACGUCAUAGGAAUAAUAAAUUUAAUAAAUAAACAUACAAAACUCAGCAA